AUGAAAAGAGGCAAUUCCUCUCCAAUCUCCUCCUCCGAUCAGAGGAUGAAAAAGAACAAACAAGAGGAUGAUGAAGCAGCAAUAGCUUUGGAUCAACAAGCAGAAGAGGAGGUAUCUGAAGAAAGGGAUGAAGAAGGUGAGGAGGAUGAUCUCUACAUGUCCCAUGAAGAUUACUGGAGCUCUGUUGCCGAUAUCGGUUGCAGUGAUCAUAAUGAUGAAGAUGAGGAGGAGGAUUUUUCGGAUGUGAUUCUCAGAACUUCAUUUCAUGAUUAUCAUCUUCAUAAAAUUGUGUUGAACAAGUGCAACUACUUCAAAAUGUGUAUGAAACGAACAUUGGGAUUUAACGAAUCAAAGCAAGACGAGAAUGGUAAACAAAUGAUAGAUUUGAAACAUGCAGAAGAAACAUUGGGAAAUAGUGGAAUUAAAUUUGAUAAGCAAAUGUUUGAUAAAGUUGUUCAAUUUAUUUACUGUAAUUAUGUAGAAGUAGAGGAUGCUGAUGUAAACGAUUUAUAUUACUUGAUACAGAUUGGAGAUUUUCUUGACAUGAAACAAUUACAAAAUUACAUUCUGCAAAACACCUUACCACAUUUCAAAAUAUAUUUGAAAGAAAGGUUGGGAAUAGAAAUUCCAAUUCAAGAAAUAAUAUUCUACUCUCUGUCUGUUGUAGCUGAUGGAAAUGACACUGAAACAGAAUUGAGCGAUAUUGACAAGAAUGAAAUUUUCACACACUCAUUGGUACAACCUUACAAAAAUCUCAUGCAACAAUUGAAAGAUAUGAUUCAACAUUCCGAAGUGUCAUCCAUUCGAGAAUCUAGUGCCCAAUCUUUGGCACAAAAGUUGUGUCCAGAAUUAACACCCUAUCCAUCGGCAACAGGUAAUAAUGUGGAUAUUCUACUGACACGAUCUGAAUAUGUAGAAUUUAGUUUGGAGUCAUGUGUCGAGAUGGAAUGUUUUUGUCUGUUAUUUGGAGGUUUAUUCAACUUAAGGAUUGACUGCGACGAGAGAAGCUCUGCAUAUUGGUGGACUUUCACAUUAGAAAAUCUUGAAUGUACGUAUCCUGUCAAAGUAAGCCUGUACCUCAUGUCGAGAAAUUCAUGUGGAGGAGUUGAAUGGUCUUGUGAGGUUUUUCAAAGCUCGACACCUCUUGAACAAGGAAAAUCACAAGAGCUUGGGGUGGUUUAUGGAGAACAACUCUAUAUUGGCAAUGUUGAUGUGAAGGGAGUCCUCAUGGUUGAGAAAUGUACAAAUAUUACCAACAAUACGCAUGUGUUUGAGCAAAAGAGAGGACAAGACCCUGUGCUCUGA